UUUUAAAUAGAAUUCUCUAGUCUCUUUUGGAGUGCGCUAAGUACGCGGUUGCCGCCUCGCCGUAGGAACCCAGAAGGAGGAGCAUCAGGCAGCCGUGUACCUUACAAAACCUCAGCUGCGAAUCCCCGUUUCUAGAACCACAAAUUGCAGCAGUCAGAAUUUGUCACUAAAAACAAACAUUCACUAUUUGAAAGCUGGAAAAACAGUGUGGGGGAAGAAAAUAGAAACGGAAAAGCUUCGGAGACGGGAAAACAUGGCGGUGGAGACGGAGCCUGUGACGGUGCCGGAGCUGGCCCUUUCUGAUACUGACAUCAACUGGGACAGUGUAGAACUAUAAAUUCUCAAGUUGGCUGGAUUUAGAGCUCUUGUGGCGGCCUACCUCUCAUGUACAACUUGCCUAAGCAGUCUCAACGGUUGGACAAGACAAGGUUUCACAUUAUCGGGGCUAUUCUCUUCACAGCUCAGUCGGCCUUGCUACAUCCAACAGCAGUUGUAAAGACUAGAAUGCAAGUAGCUGGUUCUGGACUCUCUCACAUGAGUGGAAUAUCAGUAUUUAGACAUAUAUUAAAAUGUGAUGGCAUCCCCGGCAUAUUUAGAGGUUUUGGCACAUCUGCCAUUGGAUCGUUGCCCGGUAGGGUCUUGGCUUUGACAUCACUUGAAGUAUCAAAGGAUAUGAUGUUGAAAUACACUGAUGGUCUAGACAUGCCUGAGGCUACACGUGUUGGCAUUGCUAAUGGUGUGGCGGGAAUGUCCUCAAAUUUAGUUUCUUGUGUGUACUAUGUGCCUUUGGAUGUGAUAUGCCAAAGACUAAUGGUGCAAGGACUUCCUGGGACUACAUCCUGCAACAAACCAUUUGAUGUUAUACAGAAUGUGAAAAAGGCUGAAGGUCUUCGUGGAUUGUACAGAGGCUUCGGAUUAACAGCUCUGACCCAGUCACCAGCAAAUGCACUUUGGUGGGGUGCCUAUGGUUCUGCACAGCACAUGAUCUGGAGGAGUUUGGGCUAUAGAGACGAUGCAGAGAAGAAACCGUCUCAUAUGGAGAUGGUGACAGUUCAGGCUUCAGCCGGCAUGAUGGCUGGUGCUUGUUCCUCUAUUAUCACUACUCCUAUUGACACAGUCAAGACACGACUUCAGGUCAUGGAUAACUAUGGUGCUGGGAGACCAUCAGUACUGAAAACGUCAAAGACACUCCUUAAAGAGGAUGGAUGGCGGGGAUUUUAUAGAGGUUUUGGUCCAAGGUUCUUAAAUAUGUCACUCUAUGGAACUACAAUGAUCGUUACUUACGAAUUGAUAAAGAGAUUAUCUGUAAGGGAAGGAUGAAAUCGUAAGCUGGAAGAGGUACAACUUUGCCGCAACACUUGAGAUGAGAUCAAUCCGGGUAUUCGAAAUUUUAUUUUUCUCAACAGACAGACAUAGUCUAUCUACGUAAGGAUGCAUUUCUUGAACGGGCUCCGUUUCUUGCUGUUUCCUUCCUUGUUAUUUGAAUAGGAAGGCUGGGUUUCCAUUCACCCUAUAGUUUUGUAAAUGUGCAUGUCGAUUUACAUUUCAUAGCUUGUUCAUCAACUUUUCGAGCUAUUUCUAACGAACUCGAAUUUUAUGUUGGAUUUUUUGUUCCGUCAGUUCA